ACUAUAAGGAGAUAUUACUCCUCUUCCAAUGUGGGACAAGACUACACUAUACAUAUCUGUAAACUAACAACCUCUAUGCCUACAUUAGAAUUCGAACCCCUUGGCAGGUUUGGGAUUGACCCUUUCGAUCACAGUUAUUGCCCUUACGAUCAGCAAAAACUCUUGAAAGAACAGUUAUUAUAGCUUUAUUCGGAUCGUAAAGUGACUAAUGUUGAGAUAACCUUUUGUUGUGGGAGAAUUUUUUUAGGGAAUUUGACCAAUGGAUGCAUUCUAUUUCAAGAUUAGGUGUUGAAAGACUACGUCUUUCAUUUGAUUGUGGCAGUGAUCACCCCAUCUACAACUCCAACCCCAUACGCAACCCCAACAAAUUGUUUAAAUUUUCUCUUGAGCUUCUCUCUCAGGCAUCCUCAUUGAAACACCUGUAUUUAUACCAUUGCAUUAUCCAACCAAGUUCCGGAGUCCGUCUUAAUUCCCUUAGGACCCUUACUUUGGACAGUGUUCUGUUAGCAAGCGGACAACUUGAGAGUGUUUUUUCCUCUUGUUUGAAUCUUAACCGGUUAGAGCUAGCAUGUAGCAAACUCCCUUAUAAGCUAUGCAUCUCUGGCACAGUGACAUCCGUUUUUUUCUUAGCUUGUGGCGGAUUGGAAGAGAUUGAUCUUCGAGCUAAAAAUCUUCGUCGAUUUGAGUGUAUUCUUUUUAGCAAAGUAAGAUUUUAUUUUUCUUUUGUUCCCAUGUUGGAAAUUGUAAUAAUUAAUUUUAACGGAGCCGCUGCAAUGCCAUACAUAUUUGGUGAUUUUGCAAGAGAUUUACCUGCUCAAGUUAAAUCUUUAACAGUCAAAGUGGGUUAUUCUCAGAUAAAAUACUUCCCAACCGAGACACAAAUGUUCAGAAACCUUAGGGAGCUAACCUUGGUACUUGUGUUCACGUAUGACUUUGACAUAGUCAAAAUUUCCCUCUCUCUUAGGCGCUUGUCCUCUUCUUCGGCAUUUGGAUUUAGUGCAAUCGAGGACAACAAGGGGAGAAAGAGGAAGUGACAUAAGGCCUCCUUUAUCUCCUACAUGUCACACUAAGCUGAAAGAAGUGACAUUCGGUGGAUUUCAUGGAUCCGAAGCAGAGAUUGAAUUUGCUGUUUAUAUUCUGAGAAGUGCAAUGGUACUUGAACGAAUGUUUCUCAGCCCAUGUUUUAGUUGUUAUUCUGGUAGUGGUACAUGGGAGGAAAUGUUGGAUUUUUCACUCGAUGAAAGAAAACGCAACUCAAUCCAACAAGAACUACAUGGGCAAGCUAUCUUUAGGAAUGCUGUGGUGAUCAUCCAAUAGGUUUUUGUACAACUACUAUAUCAGCUGUCUACUGUCGUCAGUGGUAUGUAAACUUGUCGAGGGCCUUUCCCCUGACAUUUGGGAAAAAAAAAUCUUUUCCCCUGACACACCUGACUGUCAUUUUAGAAAUGCGCAGAGGAAUGCGGAGAAGGGGAGUCUUGGCGUAACUGGUAAAGUUGCUGUCAUGUGAGGUCACUCGUUCGAGCUGUGAAAACAACCUCUUGUAGAAAUACAGGGUAAGGCUGCAUACAAUAUACCCUUGCGGUCCAGCUUUUUCCGGACCCCGCGCAUAGCGGGAGCUUAGUGCACCGGGCUGCAUAGAGGAAUGCUGACUCAUUAAAUAACACAUACUGCUCCCAAUGUCUGCAGCCAGAUUAUUACUUCCCCUUUCAAGUGGUAGUUGUUUAUGAGGAUAAUGAGACUGAAGGUUUCUGCUCCGACUGAUGCUUGUUUGUGCUAUAAUGUAUCUACAGUACUUAGAGUGGACUCAAAGAAGUAUUUGGAGUUUCUGAAGUUUUAAGUAACUGGUGGCUCCCCACUGAAACUUGUUCGUUUUGUUUUAAAUUCACUUCAAGGAGAUGAACUGUGAAAAUUAUGCAGGAAAGGGUUCUCUCUUUUCUGAUCCUUUUUGGCCUAUUGGCAAUUGAAGAUUAAGACGCU